CUUCAUGCAAGGGCUAGAAAACCAGACAGUCAGGUUGGUGCUCCAUUCAUUCCAAAGAGCUUGGGGAGAGAGCACAGUCUGUGGCCAGGGACCGGUCAAGGCAUCAAGGCUUGGACAAACAGGGGAGUCACCUCGUUGACCGCUUGCUCAGUGGUAGGAUGGCCGACCAGUUCUCAGAGGAGCAGAUUGCUGAAUUCAAGGAAGCCUUUAGCCUUUUUGAUAAGGACUCUGACGGCUGCAUCACGACUAAGGAAUUGGGAACCGUCAUGAGGUCUCUGGGGCAGAACCCCACGGAGGCUGAGCUGCAGGACAUGAUCGGAGAGGUUGAUGCUGAUGGGAACGGGACCAUUGAUUUCCCAGAGUUCUUGAGCAUGAUGGCCAGGAAGAUGAAGGACACGGACAGCGAGGAGGAGAUCCGCGAGGCUUUCCGGGUGUUUGACAAGGAUGGCAACGGCUUUGUCAGUGCAGCUGAACUGAGGCAUGUGAUGACCAAGCUCGGGGAAAAGCUGACAGAUGACGAAGUCGAUGAGAUGAUCCGGGAAGCUGACGUGGAUGGCGAUGGUCAGGUGAACUAUGAGGAAUUUGUCCGCAUGCUUCUCUCGAAAUAGGGAGGACAGAACUCACAGUUCUGCCUCAAAUAGCUUUCUUUAGCUUCAAAUUGUGCUCUUGACUUUCCGAUGGGGGGAUGUUUUUUCUUGCUGUCUCAAAAAUUUUGUCCACCACCACAAUUCCUCCUCCAUCCCUCCACAAUGGAUUCUCUCCUCGUGAGUCUACGUUGUUACUGCUUUUUUCUCUAUCAAGUUGGCCGAAUGUCACAUGUAUUUUGCCAUUGGGCUCUCCUGUCUGUUCAAAUAAAACAGGGAUACCCAACAUGCAGCAGUCAGCAAAAAGUCAACUAUCCCUUUACAAUGACUUAAACACACAAGAAUUGAAAUGGAGAUGGUAUCAUUCCUCGAAGACAAGAUACUGAGGUCUAAAGAAAUUUGUGUAAACUCUGUGCCUCAUUGAGAAUUGUUUAAAAAAAAACAAAACUAUUCCAUUCUGGAUAUGAUCAUUGAGAGGGAUGCUAAAUCAUCAUACAGGAUAUAGCAGAUGACGUUUCCCCAAAUCUGAAUUCCUACAUUUUUUCUACAGCCCAUGAGAACAGUAAACUCAUUUGCUUGAAGACCACCUGCUGCUACAAAGGGAGAAGGGGAGGGUAUUAGAGACUGGGAGAAACAUGGUACCUGCUGGAAAAGAAGAUGAAGGUGGGGACUCUGGGUAAUUAUGUGCAGACCUCCUCUUCAAUUGUUGUUGCUUCUUCUACCUGUCUGCCUGAAAAAACAUGGGGGGAUGGGGGGAAUCUUGGGAUAGUUGUAAUGAUGUGUCUGUAUUAUUGUUGAUGGAAGAGGGACAUUUUAAAUGAAAGGGAUUUGGGGAAAACUGGAGGAAAUAAAUGAGAAGCUCAUUUUCCUAUUUGAA